UAGGAGUCGCUGGGUUGGAGCCGCCCGUCUGCUGCCUGCGGUUCGGCGCCUGCUGUUGAACCCACCGCUCUGCAGCUCGGCUUCCCCUGGCGCAGAGAUGCUGUCCUGCCGCCUGCAGUGCGCGCUGGCUGCGCUGUCCAUCGUCCUGGCCCUGGGCGGUGUCAGCGGGGCGCCCUCGGAUCCCAGACUCCGUCAGUUUCUGCAGAAGUCCCUGGCUGCUGCCGCAGGGAAGCAGGAACUGGCCAAAUACUUCCUGGCAGAGCUGCUGUCCGAGCCCAACCAGACUGAGAACGAUGCCCUGGAACCUGAGGAUUUGUCCCAGGCGACUGAGCAGGAUGAAAUGAGGCUGGAACUGCAGAGAUCCGCGAACUCGAACCCGGCUAUGGCACCCCGGGAACGCAAGGCUGGCUGCAAGAAUUUCUUCUGGAAGACUUUCACAUCCUGUUAGCUUUCUUAUUAUUAUCGAUACCAGACCUAUAAUCCCUCUCCUUCAAACCCCGUCUACCUUCCCCAAUACCCCAAAUCCUCAGCAAGACACUUGCAUUAGAAAUUGAAAACUGUAAAUACCAAAUAAAAUUAUGGUGACAUAAUGG